ACCAACUGAUGCUUCAACAAAAAAAAAAAAAAAUUACAACUGUGAGGCAUUCAACUCGAUCCCCAUUGAAAAGACAAAGGCUAACGAUAGAGCUGAAGACGAUGAGGCUGAAUAGCAAUCCUCAGUUGAUUAUGCUACUAUGUGCUUCUGUUGUGGUAUCCUUUGCGGUGAUCUCUUCCUCUGCAACAUCAACGGAAGCUUACCCAUCUGAUACUUACAAAGCUUGGAGUAGUGAUGGUGAGGCUGAAAUCACUAUGGAGCUAGUCCCACCAAGAAGGGAAGUUCAUGGAGGAGGAAGAAUUAUUGAUAUCAGUCACACUUUUAGAAGUACUAUGCCUAAGUGGGGAUCAUCUGAAGGAUUAGGCCAGUUCUUGACAAUACAUGACGGUGACAGUAUGAAUAAUGGUUCCAAUGCUAACUUUUCUGAGAUGAAGUUGCCUAUACAUACUGGAACCCAUGUUGAUGCGCCUGGACAUGUUUUUGAUCAUUAUUUUGAUGCUGGUUUCGAUGUUGAUACACUUGAUCUUGACGUCCUCAAUGGUCCGGCAUUAUUAAUGGAUGUUCCAAGAAACAAGAAUAUAACUGGUGAAGUUAUGAAAUCCUUAAACAUCCCUAAAGGAGUUAGUCGUGUUCUUUUCAGAACAUUAAACACUGACAGACUCAUGUGGAAAAGUGAGUUCGAUACAAGCUAUGUAGGAUUUAUGAGAGAUGGUGCAAAAUGGCUAGUAGAAAACACUGAUAUCAAGCUAGUUGUUGAUUACUUAUCUGUUGCUGCGUAUGACGAUCUAAUUACUUCUCAUCUUGUUUUCCUCGAAGGCAGGGAGAUCAUUCUUGUGGAAGGCCUAAAAUUGGAUGACGUUAAGGCAGGAAUGUACAAUGUGCACUGCUUGCUGCUAAGGUUAUUUGGUGCCGAGGGAUCACCAAUACGAUGCAUUCUCAUCAGAUGA